AUGCCCUCUCGGUCAAUAUAUUUUUAUGCUAGUGCUUUCGCUGCGUCAGUAUUACUCAAUGCGCAUUCGACUUUAGGUUUUGAUAACUACACAGAUUCUUUGAUAAAUUGUUCUAAUUUUACUUCGUGUGGUGAAUGUACAACUCAUUUGGAAUGUGGUUUCUGUGUCCCUUCCAAAACGUGUGUACAAGCAGGCUGGAAAGGUCCUUUCGAAGAUCCAAAACUUUGUCCAACUUGGGACUAUGAAUACGCCCAAUGCUUCGAAAGAGUUCCCCUUCUUGGUGAUACUAUUGCAACGCAUCACUUUAGACGUGCUUCAUAUUAUAAUUAUAAUAGAAAUCGUCCCUUUGAAAGAAGAGGAAGAACUCUAAGUACUGGUACUGCUAAUAGCACUGUGCAAUAUGGGAGAAAUUGGCGUAAUGGUACUGAUGAUUAUAUGUACGGUUACGGGGGACCAACAACUCCUUCAAUGCUUUGGGUAAAUGAUAGCCCUGUUCCAACUGACUAUCAUCCAAUGGGUUCCCAUAAUAGUAGUCUUGGUAACACCGGAGAAUGGCGUCGUUGGGAGAAAAAACGUGAAGAGUUAUUAGCUAAAUAUGCGAAAAGCAAUAAUGAAGGAUGA